AUGUGGAAACGUUCACUUAGAUCGGAGGACAACUCUGGGACCGACUCAACUCAACAACAUCUAACUGAGCUGGGUCUCCUAGGUCGAUCCAAAAAGCCCAAAAAAUUUCAAUUGCAGCCAGAAUCAUCCUCUCGUUCACCUCUCCGUUCAUUUCGUUCGUUCACUCGAGGCGUGAUAGACCGACCUAGCAGCAGUCUUUCCAACCAGGCCGAUCUUACCCGGUCAAGAGCAACCUCGACUGUCGCCGGACAGAUCAAUUCUGCUUACCCGGAACUCGCUGGUCAAUCUGCGCAUUCCAAUCGCUCUCGGGCAUCAUUUCAUUCAAGGUCGGGACGGACCACCGGCCCAAUGGAGGUAGAUCGCACCCACACACGGAGGGACCGGACCUUUGUCGGGAGCGAAUGCGCCGUCUGCGAGGAACCCUUGGAGCAUACCCUACGCGGCGAGCGUGUUUUGCAGCUCUCGUGCUCCCAUGUCUCCCACGAGGCCUGUUUCUAUGAAUUUCUGCGGGAAUGCGAUGGUCAAUACUGCCCAACCUGCAAUGCGCCAUUGGCCUUGGACACAAGUCGCGGUGGAAAUGUCUUGGAUAUCGAGAAAAUCAGUAAUAUUGUCCGCUCAGUGACAUCGAAUGAUACCGCUACAGUACGCAGUGGCUUGACAACACCAACUCCAUGGGAGCAACAGUUGGGUCGACGACCAAGUGAUACCGGCAGUCGUUACACGUCGGGUACCCGAGAGCCACCUUACAAUCCCUCAACGAGGGAGCCACCUUCAAUGAGGGAGCCAUCUUACAACCCUUCAGCGAGGGAGCCACCCUACAACCCUUCAACGAGGGAGCCAUCUUAUCACCCCUCACCAAAAGAACAAUCCUACAACCCAUCGAGAGAUUCAUCAUAUAGUCGGCGAGAUAGCCGUGAUACCAGCAGCCAGCGUGAGCGCGUAGAUCGAUUGACUGUGGCCUCUAAUCCUCGUCAACCCCACUCCCGGAAUGGUAGCGCGGCCGGCUCAUCGGGCGAAUACAAUGAAGGCCAGCACACCAGCACUGGACGGCGCCAUGAUUAUGAUGUACAGGCUAUGGAGUCAGACCUCAGUCCUCGCCCUAAGGUCGCCAAGAAUCCCAUUCCCGCGCCGAUAGUCACCGUCCGAAGCGAGUUCCCGACUUUGAACAGAUCCCGCCAACAGCAGACCCUCACGUGUCUGAUUACGGUCGAAGUGCCAGAUGCCAAUUGGCGUCCGGACUUAGAUGACCUACGACACACGCCUUCGGGGCAAUCGCAGCCGGAUGGGGUCUACGCGGGACGAUCAGGUGGUGGACAGGAUGCUCGAUCAAUCCAGUAUGAGCCAACAGAGAAUAUGGAAGAAGUGGCUGAGGAAUUGCGCAGCCGCGUGGACAAUUGGCACGGUCUUGAAUUCAACCGGUUCGGCAAGCUGCGCCUCCACGGACACAUGCGCGUGGGCAAGGAUCGAGAUUCCUGGCAGGAGUUAGAAUGCUAUCUUUUCAAAGAGAUGCUUAUCUGUGUGAAGGAGAAAAAAUCAUCUGACCCCCAAUUCGAUGCGACCGGACGACGCAAGCCUGUUCGUUGCAGUCUCAAGGGCUCAAUUUUGAUUAAGAAGCAUUUAAAGUCCAUCGAGGUGUCCCCAGAUGAACCUGUUCUCUCCUUGAACCUUUCCGUCACCGAGCUGCCCUGUUUCUACCUUCGCUUCAAGAAUCGCAACGAGCUGAAGACGUGGCGUCGGUCUUUGAUCGAUUUGCACCCAGAAGCCAAUUCACGCCAAAAUGACUAUGACUAUGAUAACUCGGGGGCGGAGGACGAUGACUACCGUGGUAACCGUGGAAUUCAACGACAGGCUUCUAUCAAUUCGUCUUACGGCGCAGCAAAAUCCAUCAAUACCGCCAUUACAGACUACACCAACCCCGAAUCAGAAUUCCCUGCAAUCAACACUAUUCAUAUUCCCCUCGAUCUUGUCGUGGUAAUUCCGGUAUCCUCAUCUAUGCAAGGCUUGAAGAUUACUCUCCUGCGUGAUGCCCUCAAAUUCCUCGUGCAGAAUCUCGGCCCUCGGGACCGGAUGGGCCUCGUGACUUUUGGCUCGAGUGGUGGAGGUGUGCCCCUGGUUGGUAUGACCACCAAGCCCUGGGCUGGAUGGUCGAAGAUCCUCGAAUCGAUUCGGCCGGUUGGUCAAAAAAGUCUCCGUGCAGACGUGGUUGAAGGUGCCAAUGUCGCCAUGGAUCUUCUGAUGCAGCGCAAAUUCAACAACCCCAUCUCAACCAUCCUUUUGAUCAGCGACUCUUCUAUUUCCGACCCCGAAAGCGUUGAUUUCGUGGUCUCCCGCGCGGAAGCUGCCAAGGUCAACAUCCACUCGUUCGGACUUGGAUUGACCCAUAAGCCUGAUACCAUGAUUGAGUUGUCUACUCGUACUAAGGGAUCUUACUUGUAUGUAAAGGAUUGGAUGAUGUUGCGAGAAUGUGUUGCUGGAUGCCUGGGCGCGUUGCAGACAACCUCCCACCAAAACGUCAAGUUGAAGCUCCGCCUACCUGAAGGAUCACCCGCCAAGUUUGUUAAGAUUAGCGGCGCUCUUCACACCACAAAGCGUGCAACUGGUAAAGAUGCAGAAGCUGCACUGGGUGAUCUCCGAUUCGGUGACAAACGCGACGUCUUGGUUCAACUUGUCAUCCAGCCUGACAAUGCCACGCAGGACAGCAUGCCGCAGGAUCCGUGGGAGAGCCUAGUCUCCGGAUUGGAGGCUCUCGGCGGCGGUUCUGAUGGCGAUGAUAGCCGAGUCAUGAGCGUUGAAGAGGUUCCAUUGAUCCAGGCUGAUUUAACCUACGGCGACCUCCUCCGUGAUGGCCAUCUCACGCACUCCCCUCGACCUUCACUCCUGGCCAUUACUAUGCUGCCUCCUAAUCCUCGGGCCAAGGGCCAUCGAUCCCCUACGCCACCAAUUCCUCCCCACCCCUCGAUUGUGCAGCGCCGUAUGGAGCUUCUAACAUCCGACAUGCUGACCCGUGCUCUCACUCUGGUAUCUCGGGGCCAGAAUGAUCGCGCGAUGCACCUUCUCAGCGAAACGCGCAGCAUUCUCAAGGGCCUGGGCAAGGGUGGCCUACCACCGCUGCCCCCGGGUGCUUCCCGGUCCGACAGCGAUGCCGACAGCCGUGGUGACACCCCAGUCUUGGCCUCCUCUCCUAAAUCAUCUACCUUUAGUGGAACCCAUUCAUCCGCAUCCGACACCAACACUAUCACACCACCCUCCGCGGUCGAUACUCAGACGAUGAUUGCCCUGAACGCAGAUCUGGAAUCGUCCAUGGAGUGGAUCAACCACCCGGCAGUCUUCGGGCGUGAUUCACGCAAAGCAGUGCUACAAAGCAUUGGUGUGAUCUCCUCGCAGCGCGCCUACACCUUCCGCACUCCAUCCGAAGCCCACUGGGCCCAGCGUGUCUCCGGUGUGCGUCGGUUGACGGAGCGAUCCCAAGACUGGCGCGAGACUGGCGACGAUGCUUUGACGGAGGAGUAG